ACAUCCGACUGUUAUAUAAGCCGACGAUCGUCUUUUUUCUAAACACUGAGCAACUAGAUCCGUCCGUGUACAGACAACAGCAGAACAAAACAAAAAAAAUGGGUUUAAUGGUAAAGUCUGUUUUGUGCUUGGCCUUCCUGGUCUGCGUUUACGGGCAGAAGGUGACCAAGCUGGAGGAUUGCAACUGCUGGGAAGGUUACGAGGCUAAGCAAGACAACGACGGUAAGAUCAUGUGUCAGGGUAAGAUGGUCUUGGCCUUGAAACCGUGCAACUUGCCUGAGGCGCCGAAGUGCGUCUGCACCGAAGACACCGUGACCGGCAUCCUCAGCGACGCAGAAGGCACCUGGUGCAACCAGAGGAAGGCCGGCAAAGAAGUUAAGCGUUGGCCGUGCGAGAACAAGGACGAAUGGAGCGCUUACAAAGUGAAGUACGCUGAAUUCGAGAAGUCCUACGCACUCUGAACAAGGAAAUGAUCAAACGAAUCCCAAACAAAUUUAAGUUCGUAAUGUAAUAUUUAAUAUAUAAAAAAAAAAAUGUGAUUUUUGUUUAUUAACACUUCUUGUUAAUGUUUCGGUAAUAAAGUUACACAAUUAUCAAACCACAA